GCCUGGGGAUCGAAUUUGGAGGUCGGUGGGCGCGGUCCUGGGAUCGGUUCGAGAGUCGAGACUGUGGAUCAGGAAUGAAUUUUCAAAGCUUUUCUGGCAGAUGAAGACACCGGGACGAAAAUACUCAACUUAAAAUGGUGGCGAUCGUGCAGACCACACAGCAUAAGUGCAUCGUGGCUGAACUAGUGAAAACUUAAAUCAGAUGUGCAAGCUUUGCCGAGAUGGUCAUGAGCAGGGGUUGUAAUUUUAAUCUCCGCCGAACGACCUCGUCAAAUGGGUAAUAUUAUCAACGUCGCUCGUGAGAAAGGAGAAUUUAUCGAUAUAAUUCGCCAAAAAGAUGCUAUUCUGUCAGGAACAGAAGCAUGGCGAGCAAAACAAAGGUUCAAGAAAGUCGUGGAUGACGGUGCCGAUGGCAUUGCACCAGAACAGUUUAAGACCUUGCUUGGUCCUUCAGGAGAGCCGUGUGCAGAGGUACUAUUCAAACAUGUGGACACAGACAAUAACGGAUCGGUCAGUUAUCAGGAGAUUUGUGAGGAGAUUAAAACUCACAGGUCUAUGACAACUCCUGAGGCCAAGGUCCUCGUUCUAUUCAAACUAUAUGAUCAAGAUCACGAUGGUCGGAUGUCGCCUUCCGAACUUGCUCGUGCCAUGCAAUUGGCUUGCCAAGCGCUUCCCCAGGGCCAACUCGACCAGCUCGUUCAAGCGAUUAUGGAAGUCUUUGACUCUGACAAGGAUGGAUAUUUGAACUUUGGAGAAUUCUCUGCUCUUAUGAGUAACUCAGGAUUGGAGCUGAACGUAUAAACAGCAUCCUUCCUUUAAGUUGUACAGUAGGGCAGUUGCCCAGAAUCACAGUAGUGAACUUUUGAGGUUAUGCAGAGGCGGAUGUAAAGGUUCGCAAGGAGGCAGCAGUUCGACUCCGUAGUUAGACCUGAUUGGAUCCAGUAGGAGUGACUCUAGAUGUAGUUCCACCAAAUCUGGAGGUCGCACCCAUCUUCAUGUGUCAAAUUCAAGCCACACUUAUCUUCCCCAACAAACCGUGAAGCAUUACCAUGUAAAAAGCUAGAACGAUAGGCAAUCCAGAGCCUGCAGCCAUCUAAGAUGUACCCCAUGAAAACGAAUUGCUCACCUGCUGCCUGCAACGUUUCGGAAGCAACCUACAUAAUCGGCAAAGCUCCACUCGAUUGAGACAGAGCAUAUGAAAGAUCACAGAUUCCAACAGCUGCUAGUGAUUGAAGUAGCAAAUACCGAGGAUGCCCGUUCCCACAUCAACGUAGAAGAGACAGUCAGGAGCUAUGUUCAGUGCUUUUCGACAGCCACGCCAAAUAGCGGAAGCCUACCUUCGACAGAAACCUAAAAGCAAUCCCAACAACCGUCUCAAUGAAAACCCAUUCUCUCAAAUCUUUCAGUUGCGAAGACGUAUGUGAUACAUACAGAGCGUGUACCACCAACUGUUCUGAGCCAAUGCACAAGUUUACCAGAUGGACCUCAUACAUCUUCUCCUUCAGGGAAAGGAAACGAAACUUCGGCCAAAGCGUCU